UUCGUCUUCAGAAAGAUAAAAAAAAUGGCUUCAAUGGGUGGAUUACGUGGUGCGUCACCGGCUGUUCUUGAAGGAAGCAAGAUCAACGGCUCGAGCCGUCUGAUGAACGUCACCGGAAGAGUGUCGGUGGCUCAAAGGUCUAGACUUGUGGUCAGAGCUCAGCAGAGUGAGGAGACUUCUCGUCGAUCUGUGAUUGGACUUGUGGCUGCUGGUUUAGUCGGAGGAUCGUUUGUUCAGGCUGUCCUUGCUGAUGCUAAUCCGAUCAAAGUUGGCCCUCCUCCACCUCCUUCCGGUGGUCUUCCUGGGACAGAUAACUCAGACCAAGCAAGAGACUUUUCAUUGGCAUUGAAAAACAGAUUUUAUUUACAGCCAUUGCCACCAACAGAAGCUGCAGCUAGAGCCAAAGAGUCAGCCAAGGAUAUCAUAAAUGUGAAGUCACUGAUCGAAAAGAAAGCUUGGCCAUAUGUUCAGAACGAUCUCCGUUCCAAGGCUUCUUAUCUUCGUUAUGACCUUAACACAAUCAUCUCCUCCAAACCCAAGGAUGAGAAGAAGCCCCUCAAGGAUCUCACCACGAAGCUCUUUGAUACCAUCGACAAUCUGGAUUAUGCGGCGAAGAAAAAGAGUUCUCCUCAGGCUGAGAAGUACUAUGCUGAGACAGUCUCUGCUUUGAACGAAGUUCUUGCCAAGCUUGGUUAAGCAUUUUAAAUUUCUGUAUUUUUCUUGUAAAUUUUUAUCUCAUGAUUUUUGUCCCUGAGUACUUUAGACUCAAAUUCGUGAAUCUGAAUUUAUGUUUCACGCUUUUAUUAAAAAAAAGGUGGCAAUUUCUUGAGUAUGCAUUAA